AUGGCAUCCAAGACACUCACACGGCCUGAUGAACCUGGCGUCCAUGCUAGAGAUCCCAGAUCACAUUGUCAAACAGAGGCCAGCGAGAUAGUAGGGAGCUCGGCCCCCAUCCCAAGCGAUAACAAUGAUCCCCCUACCAACUCCAAUGAAUCCGAAUCUGCGGAGCACAGUUCCAAGAAGAGCCUGGUGCAAAUUGCAACAGUGAUGGCCUCACUCUGUGCAUGCGUCUUCCUCGCUGCCCUCGAAGUAACAAUCGUCUCAACUGCUCUUCCGACGAUCGCCGCUCACUUCGCUUCUGACUCAGGCUACACCUGGAUUGGCACAUCCUUCGUCCUCGCGCACACUGCCUCAACACCUUCAUGGGGAAAGAUCUCCGACAUUUGGGGAAGAAAGCCCAUUUUACUCAUUGCCAACGUUAUUUUCUUUGCCGGCAGUCUUGUGUGCGCUCUGGUAGAUGAUCUGGCAAUCUUCAUUGCUGGGCGGGCUAUCCAAGGGUUGGGCGCUGCAGGUAUGCAGACGUUGGUUAAUAUCUGUAUCAGCGAUAUGUUUUCGCAAAGGGAUCGAGGCUUGUACUACGGCUUGACAUCAAUUGUGUGGGCAGUCGCAUCUGGUGUUGGUCCAAUUCUUGGCGGUGCCUUUACUGUUCGACUGAGCUGGAGGUGGUGUUUCUGGAUCAACUUGCCUAUUACUGUUGCGGUAUUCGUUCUACUUGUUCUCACUCUCAGACUCCCGUCUCCAAAUACUCCCGUAUGGGCAGGCCUAAAAGCUAUCGAUUGGCCAGGCAGUUUCCUUAUCGUCGGAGGGACUUUGAUGUUGCUUCUAGGGCUCUAUUUGGGUGGAGUAUACGAACCCUGGAACUCGGCGACAGUAGUCUGUCUCAUCGUCUUUGGAAUCAUCACAGCAUUGCUGUUCGUAUGGAACGAGUGGAAGUUAGCAGAGUAUCCCGUGAUACCAGUUCACCUCUUCAAGACUUGGUCAUCGUCGGCAGCAUAUGCUGUCACUUUCUUCCAUGCUUUUGUGUUUAUGGGUGUUGCGUAUUACUUCCCCUUGUACUUUCAAGCCGUUCUCUUGGCCAGCCCACUCCGCUCAGGAAUUUAUCUUCUCCCAUUUAUCCUUUCGAUCUCUAUUUCCGCAGCAAUUACUGGUAUAUACAUACAGUUUAGCGGCAAGUACCUUCUCGUCUCACGCGCUGGGCUGGCCAUGAUGACUUUGGGAAUGGGGCUCAUGAUGAACUUGGGCAUGGAUUUGAACUGGGCGAAAAUGAUUACCUUUCAGUUGUUAACUGGCAUAGGUGUUGGAAUGAACUUUGAGGGCCCCUUGUUAUCCGUCCAGGCUGUGGUACCGCACGAGGAUGUGGCAGCAGCAACAACCUCAAUGGGUUUCACCAGAACUAUUGCAACAGCCAUAUCUGUCGUCAUCGGCAGUGUUCUCUUUCAGAAUGAGAUGAAAGGAGAGAACGAAGUACUUCUGGGCGGACUGGGUCCUGAGCUCGCCAGAAUGUUUGAUGGGGCAUCUGCGUCUGCCAAUAUUGACUUGAUCAAUACACUUCCUGCUGAAUCGCAGCUUAUGGUAAGAGCCGCAUUCUUUCACUCUCUUGACAAGAUGUGGAUUCUGUAUACUGCAUUCUCGAGCGGUGGGCUGUUGCUCAGUUUCUUUAUGAAGGCUCAGCACCUGAGCAAAGACCACAACGACGCACAUCUGGGCAUUGCCAAAGAUUCGAACGUAGGGGCUUCGGAAGAAGUAACUACAAUUUUGACCGAGAACGACGAGAAUCACGAACUGAGACAUAUCCUAGCAAAGGCGGGAGGUGCACUUCCAAACUGA